UUUUUUCUGCGUUCUAGCCAGUGGCUCCCAAUUCUGUACACACUUGAGGCCUUUCACAAGGCCGCUUUUAGUUGAACUCCAGCCUCUACAAACACAACAUUCCAAUGUGCAAAGAACAAAAGGAGAUUCCAGGGUCUUCCAGGUGGUCCUUUCCAAGCAGGUGUUAAAUUAAAAAAGGUAGUAACAACUUUGUCCUGGUUCCCCUCUCAAAACAUCGUCCUUUUCUUUGCUGUGUUUAAAAUAAUAACAACAAACAAACAAAACCCUUCCCUUCUGUCUUAGCAUCCAUAUAGCCUAUUGGUUCCAAGGCAGAAGAGCAUUAAGGGCUAGGCAAUGGGGGUGAAGUGACUUGUCCAGGGUCACACAGCUCACUGCCCCCCAAAUCAUCUCUUGAAACAAAGAACAAGAAAGACUGAGGGAAGGAUGAAGUAGGGGGAGGGGGAAAGGGAAGCAGUUCGGCAAACCUAAGAGCAAAGGCAUGUGAAGAAGGGAGCUUCCCUGCCUGGUGCCUGCCUCCGUGUCCAUCUCAGAGGAGCUCAGCUGUCAUCUGAGUGUCCCUGCCCGAGAAGGAAGCGUGGCGGGGGAGGGGGUUACUGCCCCCCUUUCAUUCAUUGCUUCAUCUUAUAAUUCCCAAAUAAAUUCUUUCUUACGAGCUGCCUCCCUUUGAAGAGAGGUCUCCAACUCUCCGCUGGGCUCCUCCAAACUCUGGGAGAGCCACAUUCCAAUCCGGCAUUGGUCACUUCUUCAGAGUGGCCCUGGGUAGGUCACUUCUUCCCCCUGGCUGGGCUCUUGCCACUCUUCUGCCUUGGAGUCUGUCGAGAGCGCUGAUUCUAAGAGGGCAGGGAAAGGUUUAUUCAUUUAUUUGGGGGGGGGGAUUUUAUUUAAUUAGUCAAUUGAGAACAUUAUUCCUUAGUUACAAGAUUUGUGUUCUUUCCCUUCCUCCUCCCACCCCUUCUGGUAGCCAACAUGCAAUUCCACUGGGUUUUAUAUGUGUCAUUGAUCCAGACCCAUUUCCAUAUUAUUGAUAUCUACACUAGGGUGAUUGUUUAGAGUCUCCAUCCCCGGUCAUAUCCCCUCCACCCACGUGAUCAAGCAGUUGCUUUUCUUCUGUGUUUCCGCUCCCCCAGUUCUUUCUCUGGAUGUGGAGAGCAUCUUUCUCAUAAAUCCCUCAGAAUUGUCCUGGAUCAUUGCAUUGCUGCUAGUAGAGAAGUCCACAUUCAAUUGUGCCACAGUGUAUCAGUCUCUGCGUAUAAUGUUCUCCUGGUUCUGCUCCUCUCACUCUGCAUCACUUCCUGGAGGUCGUUCCAGUCUCCAUGGAAUUCCUCCACUUUAUUUUUCCUUUUAGCACAAUAGUAUUCCAUCACCAACAGAUACCACAAUUUGUUCAGCCAUUCCCCAAUUGAAGGGCAUCCCCUCAUUUUCCAGUUUUUGGCCACCACAAAGAGCGCAGCUAUGAAUAUUUUUGUACAAGUCUUUUUGUCCAUUAUCUCUUUGGGGUACAAACCCAGCAGUGCUAUGGCUGGAUCAAAGGGCAGACAGUUUUUAUCGCCCGUUGGGCAUAGUUCCAAAUUGCCCUCCAGAAUGAUUGGAUCAGUUCACAACUCCACCAGCAAUGCAUUAAUGUCCCUACUUUGCCACAUCCCUUCCAGCAUUCAUUACUUUCCUUUGCUGUCAUGUUAGCCAUUCUGUGAGGUGUGAGGUGAUACCUCAGAGUUGUUCUGAUUGGAAGGGAUGGGUUUAUUAAAAAAAAAAAAAGAAUUCUUGGUGGCUUGUUCAGGUGAGGGGCCUCCUCGCUUGUGGCCCCUGACCUCCAGGAGUCCUGGAAGGAAGGCCUUCCCUUGGACUCUGGGGACGGAUCUCUCAGAUUUGCUUCGUUUAGGUGAGGGAGGCUGCCUGGCCCCUGCAGACAUAGCACAGUGGGUCUCCCAAGCAUUUUCCCAGUGGCAGGCCUGAGGGAGGUCAUGCCAAAGGGCCACUGGGACCCAUUUUACAGAUGAAGAAAUGGAUCUACAGAAGUGAAGGUCUCCAAGGCAGAAUCUGAACCCAGCUCUCCUGGCUUGUCCUCUCUGCCUGUCCAAGGGGCUUUAGCUGUUGCAGUGAAAUCUUGGGUCGUGGGGCAGAGCUGGUGCUGUGGCCCUCCUGUGAUCGCCCUCCAACGAGGGCGUCCUCACCCUCCCUGCACCUCCCCAGCAUCCUUCCUGCCUCCUGAGGCCACCCGCUCUCUCCUCUGCAGCUGCCCAACAUGUUCGGCGACCUUCGGUCCACGUUCAUUGCCCUCAUGAUCGGCUCCUAUGCCUCUUCAGCCGUGACUUUUCCAGCCAUCAAGGUGAUCUAUGACUUCGGCGUCUCCUUCAUUGUCAUCCUGGUUGUCUGGGCCGGCUGUGCCGGCCUCGUGUUCCUGAACUGCUUCUUAAACUGGCCCUUGGAGCCUUUCCCCGGGCCGGAGGACAUGGACUACACGGUGAAGAUCAAGUUCAGCUGGCUGGGCUUUGACCACAAGAUCACUGGGAAGCAGUUCUACAAGCAGGUGACCACGGUGGGCCGGCGUCUCAGCGUGGGCAGCUCCAUGAAGCAUUCCAAGGAGCCGUCGGCCCUGCAGGAGGGCAACAAGCUCUGUCUGUCCACCAUCGACCUGGAAGUGAAGUGUCAGCCGGACAACACAGCGGCCCCCUCCUUCAUACACAGCCUGUUCAGCCCCAUCCUCCUGCUCAGCCUCGUCACCAUGUGCGUGACCCAGCUCCGCCUCAUCUUCUACAUGGGCGCCAUGAACAACAUCCUCAAGUUCCUCGCCGAAGGCAGCCAGGACGCAGUGAUGGCUACAGUGGGUCUCUACACGUCCAUCUUCGGCGGCUUACAGCUGCUCUGCCUGCUGACGGCCCCGGUCAUCGGCUACAUCAUGGACUGGAGGCUGAAGGAGUGCGACGACGGCCCCGAAGAGGCCGAGGACAAGGAAGCUGAGCGAGGCGAGGAGAAGAAGAAGAAGCGAGACCGCCAGGUCCAGAAGAUCACCAACGCCAUGAGGGCCUUUGCCUUCACCAACCUCCUGCUCGUGGGCUUCGGGAUCACCUGCCUCAUUCCCAACCUGCCUCUGCAGAUCCUGUCCUUCAUCCUGCACACCAUCGUGAGGGGCUUCAUUCACUCGGCCGUGGGGGGCCUCUACGCGGCUGUGUACCCCUCGACCCAGUUCGGCAGCUUGACGGGCCUCCAGUCUCUGGUCAGCGCUCUGUUCGCCCUCCUGCAGCAGCCCUUGUUCAUGGCCAUGAUGGGGCCCCUCCAGGGAGACCCGCUCUGGGUCAACGUGGGGCUCCUGGGGGUGAGCAUGCUGGGCUUCUGCCUGCCCCUCUACCUGAUCUUCUACCGGCGGCAGCUGCGGAGGCAGCUGGCCCAGAAGAGAGAGGACGAGAAGCUCUUCCUCAAGAUCAACGGCACCCCCAACCAGGAGGCCUUCGUGUAGACCCUGGGCCGCGGGGCCUCCCCUCCCCCUCCCGGCCGCCGCCUCGGGUCCCGCCUCUGCCCCCCCCCCCCAGGCCCCCCGCACCCCGGGCCCCCGCUGGCCGCCCCACACGGACAGGACGCUCCGUCGGGGCUCGCCUCGCCCUCCCGUGUGAGGAGGCGCUGCCGGCCGCUCGCUGCAUGCCAACGUGACGAUUUAGGAGGCCUUCGGGCCGGCGCUCUGCUCCGGCGGACUGACGAGGAGGGAAGGACCCUGCGCCGUCCUUGGUGCUAGCUACCUCUUAGGGCUCGGCCUUGUCCAAUGCAUGGCCUAGGCAGACCGGGUCUGAGGGGCGGGGAGGCGGGGAGGGAGCAGGGGCGGCCUGACGCCUUCCUCCCUGCCGGGCGUGUGGCGGGGGCUGCGGCCGGCAUUACCGGGACGAGAGGUCAGGGUCUCCGCGACCUCCUCGCUGUUCGGGGGGUGGGGGAGGAGAAUGGGGGGCAGAAGCCGCUCUUGGCUGGGAUCGCCUGGAUGUGCUUGUGCCUGUGUCGCUGGCGGCCAGGGAUGAGGCUGUGGGCACGCAGCGCCCCCUGGCGGCAGCCUCCCCAAAGGCACCGGCCCUUUAGGACGGGUCCUGGGGGGCCAAGGCGGCCGGGGCCGCCGGCUGGUCCUCUUUAACGGAACGGUUUCUCGCGGCUUCCUGGUAGGUCCCCGAGGAGCGCACCUGGGCUCGGCGCUUCUCGGUUGGUUUAAUUCGACGGUUUCUCAAACUUUUUUUUUUUUUUUGGGUAAAGCAAUAAAUCCAUCUUCCUGGUAGUCAGGGAAAUUUGUGUUUGCGCAUGUCAGGGCCCGCCGGCCGUGGAAACUGGGAGGAGAGAGAGUGCGCCCCGCCUCCCCCUCCCGGGAGAGCCGAAGCCCACCGACAGGGUCGGAACCAGGGCAGCCCCUGCCAGCCUGGCGCCCCUUCGGGUCCCUGAUCCCUCCUGACAAAUGGGUUGUUCUGUUUCUCUUUCCUCCCCUUUGGGUUUCCACGGUUGAUGGGAGAGCCUGGGGGUGACUCCUGGCCCAAACUCGGUGUCUCCGUCUACGGUCUAAGCUUCAAAGCUGGAGGAACUGUGAAUUGUGGCGGAAAGAAUCCGGGGCCUUGGUGGGGCCACGAGAAGCCAGAGCUUCUCCCGGCUCUGCCCUCUGAGAGCCGAGUGACCUUAGACAAGUCACGUUCUUGUUUUGGUCCUGGGUCCGAGGGGUCCCCGACCGGGCAUGAGAACCCAGGUCUGGAGCUAACCCGGAAUGGGAAAGGCUGGGGAGAAACGGGUUAGGGUGGUCGCAAUUCAGUCUAGUUAGAUAAAAUGAAUCAGCAAAGUGACCGGGUCAGAAGAUGCAUGUUUCACUGCACUCCUUUAGGCCCUCAGGCGGUACCUGCAGACUCCUAGAAAGGGAAGUCGGUUAUUUCCAGUCUGUCUGACUCUUUGUGGCCCCCUUUGGGGAUUUCUUGGCUGAGACCCUGGAGAGGCUGGCCAUUUCCUUCUCCAGUUCAUCUGACAGAUGAGGAAAUGGAGGCAAACAGGGUAAAGUGACUUGACCAGGGUCACACCGCUAGGCAUUUAUCCAGUGGCCUUUUAAAAUUCUCAACCUUGUGGACCUCUGUGUCCUUGUUCCACUUGCCACAGCAUUUUUCUCUUAGGUUUCCUCUUCUCUGACCAUUAUUCCUUCUUGAUCUUUUUUGCUGCCUUCUCCUCCCUCUGACUCCUUGAGAGGGGCCGUGCCUCAAGGUUUCGUCCUAAGCCCUCUUGCGUCACUAUGAGCUCUUCCUCGUGCCCUCCGGGCCAACUAUAACCCAAGCUUGAUAGCCUGGACUCGCCUUGGAACGCCAGUCUUGUAUUUCCAACUCCCUCCUGGAGAUCUCCCCUUGGAUGUCCUGCCAGCACCUUACAUUUGCACGUCCAGGCGCCCGCUGGGGGCCCUGUUUGGGAGGCCCUGGGUUCAAAUAUGGCCUGUGAAUUUCUAAACUACUCCACCCUAUUCAGACCAUUCUUUAGAAGAUCCGAUUUAGCUAUUUCCUGAUCAAUACCAAUAGAGAUACUUGGAAUAACAGAAUCAGGAAACUACAUUCUCCACCCUACUCAGGGUAACAAGAUUAGGAAGGGCUGCAGCAAACUCAAGAUUUAAUUAUUUGAGACACAGACAUGUGCAAGAAAGGUGAUUUCAGUAUCACAGGCCUCCCACACUUCCCAGCUGGGUGACCCUGGGCAAGUCACUUAACCCCCAUUGCCUAGGCCUUACCGCUAUUCUGCUUCAGAGCUAAUGCCCAGUAUUGAUUCCAAGACAGGAUAGGAUUUAAAAUGUGUGUGUCUGUAUGUACAUAUAGAGACAUGUCCAAGACUCAACUCAUCAUCUUUUUCCUCCCCCCCAAAACCCCUUCAGAAUUUUGAGUCAACCUAGAUGACUCUCCCCUCAGUCAGCUGCUGAGCCCUAUCAAUCAUGUGUUCAUUCAUUCGUACCUCCACAGUAUCUCUUGAAGUGGGCCCUUCCCAUUCAACCUACCCCUCCUCCGAUCCGGUGCCCCAAAGGGACCGCACUCUGCUUCUCACUCCUCAACAGGACAAGCACCAACUGGAGUCUGAGGGCUUAGGUUCCAGUCUCCACCCUGCCACACGGUAUCUGGGUACUCCUGGCCAAAUCAACCUCCUUGGACCCUAGUUUCCUUAUCUGUAAAGUGAGGUGGCUGCAUUGAAUGGUUUCUGGAGUCAUUUCCUGAUGCUCUCCAUGACCUACCGAAUAAAGGAUGAACUGGUUCUGGCAUUCUGCAGCCUUCGCAAUCUGACUUGCACCUACUGCUGUUUUCUCAUGGGUUCCAGCUGCCAGUUCUUUCCCCAUUCCCAUCUUCCUCUCUUCCAGCUUUCGUCUUUCACUUAUCCCAGCUGCCAUGCUAAAAGAGCCCACAGCCACUCCCUAUAUCCCACCACUGGCGACCUUCCUUCACAUGCCCCUUCCUCCGAGAAACCUUCCCUGGCAUUGUCUUCUUCCCCGUCCUCUACCCUGCCUUCUGUGUCGAAUUAACCUUUGCUUGGACCUGUUCUUUGCACUUCUAUUAUUUCCCCUUGGCAUUGUGGGUAUUUAUCUUGUUGUCCUUCUUUGAGUCAGAAUAAAUUGUAUUUUUUGAGGGCAGAAUCUGUGCUUUCUCUCUCUGUCUGUCUCUCUCCCUCUCUAUUUUUCUGUUUCUCUCUCUCUGUCUCUCCUCUCUCUCUCUGUCUCCCUCUCUGUCUCUGUCUCUCUUGUCCGUCUCUUCCUCUCUCUAUUUUUCUGUUUCUCUGUCUCUGUCUCUCCUCUCUCUCUCUCUGUCUCCCUCUCUGUCUCUGUCUCUCUUGUCCGUCUCUUCCUCUCUCUAUUUUUCUGUUUCUCUGUCUCUGUCUCUCCUCUCUCUCUGUCUCCCUCUCUGCCUCUGUCUGUCUCUGUCUCUGUCUCUCCCUCUCUUAUUUUUCUCUCCUUUUCUCUGUCUCUAUUUUUCUCUUCAUUUCUUUGUCUCUUUGUAUGUCUUUCUCUGUCUCUCCCCGCCCCCCCCCCCCAUUUUUCUCUUCACUUCUCUGUAUUGUCCUUAGUAGGCACUUAAUACUUGUCUGUUGACGUCAACUGUGCUGUGAUAGAGCCCAGGGCUCGUUGUAUUAAAGUGUCACUUAGCAACUUCUUGCUAUCUUAACAGCUGGUACUUCUGGCUGGCUCUCUCCCUCCGGUGGCCGGAGAGGUGGGCUCUGUAGGUAUUACCAUCCCCAUUUCAUAGCUGUGCCAAUUGAGGCUCAGAGAUUAAGCGACUUGACCAGCGCCGCGCAGUGCCUGGCACGUGGUAGAUGACGUCGACUAACUGGCUGGCCAGGCACACCGUUGUCUGUCUCUCAAGGUGCUGUUCCCAGACUGAGGUCUCCCUCUACAGGGUGAGCUCUUUGUGGCCAUGGUUUCACUUUUACUUGUGGGCCUGGGGCCCGCCUGGCACCUGGGGGAGCAGACCCUUGAUAAAUGCUAUUGAUGGGUUUAGAAAAUAAUGAUGUUCAGACGCUUCCCAGCUGGGUGACCCUGGGCAAGUCACCUAACCGGCACUGCCUAGCCCUUACCAUGCUUCUGCCUUGGAACCAAUACACAGUACUCAUUCUAAGGCAGAAGGUAAAGGUUUUAAAAAAGUCUUCCCCUCCCCAACGGGGUGACCCUGGACAAGUCACUUAACCCCCAUUGCCUAGUCCUACCUCUCUUCUGCCUUGGAACCAAUACACAGUAUUACUGAUUCUAAGUCAGAAGACAGGACUUUGUGGGCUUUUGAAUGAUGCUAGAAGUGGAGCAGAGAGUCCUUCGUGUUUCAGAUGGAAGUCAGGCCAGGGCAGUGACGCCUUUGGGAGAUGGCUCAGAGGGUGGGCCCUGAAGGGGCUAAGCUGGGGGUCAGGCCUUCCCGGAGUUGUGGGGUGAAGGUGGCUUCCCUCCACCGUCCCCUGUUCCGGGCAGGAACCUCUGCUGUGGCUUCGGGCUGGGCCCCUGAGCUUCCUUUGCAGGGGGAAGAUGCCUCUGAAUCACUUCUCCCUUUCUCCUACAGCCCUGGGAGUGGGACGGCAGCUCCCCAGCCAGAGAAACGGGGAACCCCUCCCAGGGCCUCCCUUCCCUUCUCGCAGGGGCCCAGGGCAAAGCUUCUGCAACAGGAAGUGGUAGCAGCCUCAGGAAGGAUGCGACCAGUGGAGUCCCUGUGAUUCCUGAUCCUGUUUGUCAGGGACUUGGGUUGUGCCCAAGACAGGGCCCUUCCUGGAGGGGCUACUGCAGGGGGCCAGGGGCUCUUCCUCUUAGGUGGGGCGCCCUGAGCUGGGGAGGGGGAGCAUCCUGGAGGACAGACUGGGGAGGCCACAGGAAACGGGCCCUGCGUGGCUCGGACCGUGGACCCCAUCCUGUGGGCUCUGUGGUCCGUGGGCCGCAGGUGCACACGCGUUCUCUGGCUACACUCUCCCUCCUCAUUAUUAUUUUUUACACCCUCCUGUCCUAGUAUUCCUUCUAAGGCAGAAGAGCAGUAAGGCAUCGGGGUUAAGGGACUUGCCCAGGGCCCCACAGCCCAGAAUGGGCCAUGGCCAGAUUUGAACCCAGGACUGCCCAACUCCAGAGCUGGCUCUCUAUUCACUGAGCCCCCCAGUAAGUUUUUCAUUUCUUAAGCUGUCCCCAUCCCAGGAAUGGGAGGAAAUAAGUUUCGCUUUAAAGUUCACAAAAUGCUUUUUUUCCAUUUGGGAGGCUGAAGCGGGGAAUCUCCUCCUCCCGCACUGGUCAGCAUUCAAGCUAGGAUUCUAGUGCUGCCCCUUGCUGGGAGCCCUGAGCCGGGGAGUGGCUUGUGCCUAGGGCAGUGCAGGCACUUGAGAUGGCCCAGAUACAACCAGGAACCAGAUCUCUCCUCCUCAAGGAAGCCAGCUGGUUUUCCAGGUGGUCCCUAAUUGACCUCUUAGGAACAUAGUGAGGUUGCUUCAGGCAUUUAUCUCCAUUUUAAAGAAGAGGCAUAGAAGGUGGAGGGGGUUAGUGAUUUUCCCAUGAUCACCUAGCUCGUGUCACUGGCAGGAUUUGAACCCAGCUCUCAAAUGCCUCCCACUCUGGGGCUCUUGCCACAAAACCCCACUCCCUUUUUUAAAAGCUUCCCCUUCUGUCUUAGUGCUAAUUCCAAGACAGGAUGGGAGGGGCUGGGCGGUGGGGGUCAAGUGACUUGCCCAGGGUCACACAACUGGAAAGUAUCUGAGGCCAGAAUUGAACCCAGGACCUCCUGGCCUCCAUCCAUUGUGCCACCUAAUAGCCCUGCCUCCCCUACUUCCUCUUCAAGUCUUCCCAUCUGCAGUCAAACUCCCCAUGAUGCCCAUUGCACCUUUCAACCCUUGUCAGCCCCUUUAAAUGGCGGUAAAACGGUUCCAGACGCUCCUGGAAUAGCUGCUUCCUCCUCCUUUUCCCUCCACCUCCUCGCCCCUCUCUCCGGCAGAACGGCUUUAUGAUUCAUCGAGAAGCAAUGGGUCUAGUGGAAAGGACUGUCCCUGGGUCAGACUCCGAUCUUGGCCGCUAGCCAUCAGUGCUGUGUGCCGGACACUGGAGGUACAAAAUGAGGCAGAAGGAGAACCAGGAACAGGAGAGACAGCAUGCACAGGGCGGUGCUCAAAGGAGCCAGGAAAUAACCAACCGAGGGCAGUGGAGGCUCAGUUGUGUCCCAUGCGCCAUAGCUAUCCCUGGGGCUUUGUUGUGCCGGACACUGGAGCGGUUUGCCCUUCCUUCUCUAGGGAAUCCUUUUGUGGGACAAUCAAAGGUUAAGUGACUUGCCCAGGGUCACACAACUAGGAAGUAUCUGAGGCCAAAUUUGGCCUCCAGUCUUCCUGAUGGCAGUCCCAGCGUUCUCUUCUAUUCACUGAGCCUUCUAAUCCACAGAGGGAAGGCACUCAAAUGGAGAGGGGUUAGGGAAGGCUUCCUGUGAAAGGUAAGCUUUGAGUUGGGUCUUAAAGAGGAGGCAGCUAGGUGGCUACAUUUCCCAGCUGUGUGACCCUGGGCAAGUCACUUAACCCCUGUUGCCCUGCCUUUGCCACUCAAAUGCCUUAGAACCAAUACAUAGUGUUGAUUCUAAGAUGGAAGGUGAGGGUUUUGAAAAGAUGUAAAAGCAAGCAAGCUGGGCACUAGCGUAGGCAGAGAGGAAGGAAGAGAACAUUCCAACCAUGAGAAAAAGCCCAGGGGUAUUCCUGAGCGAGUUACUUAGCCUCUGAGCCUCAGUUUCCUUAUCUGUCAAAUAGUAUUACCUUUGGUACUGCCCUUAUAAAAUAAGACUCUGAAAUGCUUUGCAAACCUUCAAGUGUUAGGAUUUACGAAGCUGCAGGGGAGGGCAGCAGUGCCCCGCGAGGGUUCUGAAGAGAGACCAGGACCUGCCUGCAGGCACUUCAGCCAGGACAGAUCCCUGGCACACAAGGGGUGAUUUGAACCCUCUAAAGACUUGGGCCUUCUAGCUAUGAAGAUCUGCUGCCCUCCCCAAGUAAAUCCUGACAGCGAUCCACCAUGGCCCACGGCUCUGUGUCUCCACGGCAUGCCUCCACCAUUCAGCUGUAGAAGCUAGCUACGUUGUCACCAAUAAACCUGCCUCUGUGGCCUCUUGGACCAGU